CAUCCCGGCGCGCCUCGCCGCGAGUACCGGGGCCGAGACUCUGAUUCGGGGGAGGCAGAGACUCCGCCCCGGCCGGAGGAACCCGUGCUCCUGCCCUCUCUUUCCUCGUGCGAGAGGAUCAAUCUCAGAUCUCAGGCUAAGAAAUGGCAUUUCAAAAGGCAGUGAAAGGGACUGUUCUUGUUGGAGGAGGUGCUCUUGCCACUGUUCUAGGCCUCUCUCAUUUUGCUCAUUACAAAAGGAAGCAAGUGAACCUGGCCUUUGUUGAAGCAGCAGACUGCGUUUCAGAACCUGUUAACAGGGAGCCUCCUUCCAGAGAAGCUCAGAUACUGACUUUGAAAAACACAUCUGAGUUCGAUGUACUUGUCAUUGGAGGAGGAGCAACAGGAAGUGGCUGUGCCCUGGAUGCUGUCACCAGAGGACUAAAAACAGCCCUUGUAGAAAGAGAUGAUUUCUCAUCGGGGACCAGCAGCAGAAGCACUAAAUUGAUCCAUGGUGGUGUGAGAUAUCUUCAGAAGGCUAUCAUGAAGUUGGAUAUUGAGCAGUACAGGAUGGUAAAAGAAGCCCUUCAUGAGCGUGCCAACCUGCUGGAAAUUGCUCCCCAUUUAUCAGCUCCAUUGCCUAUUAUGCUUCCAGUUUACAAGUGGUGGCAGUUACCAUACUACUGGGUAGGAAUCAAGCUAUAUGAUCUGGUUGCUGGAAGUAAUUGCCUGAAAAGCAGUUAUGUCCUCAGCAAAUCAAGAGCCCUUGAGCAUUUCCCAAUGCUUCAGAAGGACAAACUGGUGGGAGCAAUUGUCUACUAUGAUGGACAACACAAUGACGCACGGAUGAACCUUGCCAUUGCUCUCACCGCUGCCAGGUAUGGGGCUGCCACGGCCAAUUACAUGGAGGUCAUGAGUUUGCUCAAGAAGACAGACCCCCAGACAGGGAAAGAGCGUGUGAGCGGUGCACGGUGUAAGGAUGUGCUUACAGGGGAGGAAUUUGAUGUGAGAGCCAAGUGUGUUAUCAAUGCCACGGGACCUUUCACAGACACCGUGCGCAAAAUGGAUGAUAAGGACACCACAGCUAUCUGCCAGCCGAGUGCUGGCGUCCACAUCGUGAUGCCUGGUUACUACAGCCCAGAGAGCAUGGGACUUCUUGACCCAGCGACCAGUGAUGGGAGAGUUAUUUUCUUCUUGCCCUGGCAAAAGAUGACUAUAGCUGGCACUACCGACACUCCAACUGAUGUUACACACCAUCCCAUUCCUUCCGAAGAAGACAUCAACUUCAUUUUGAAUGAAGUGCGUAACUACUUGAGUUGUGACGUUGAAGUGAGAAGAGGGGAUGUCCUGGCUGCGUGGAGCGGUAUUCGCCCCCUUGUGACAGAUCCCAAGUCUGCAGACACGAAGUCCAUCUCCCGAAACCAUGUUGUGGACAUCAGCGAGAGUGGUCUUAUCACUAUAGCAGGUGGAAAGUGGACAACCUAUCGAUCUAUGGCAGAAGAUACUAUAAAUGCUGCAGUCAAGGCACACAAUUUGAAAGCAGGACCAAGUAGAACAGUUGGGCUUUUCCUUCAGGGGGGCAAAGACUGGAGCCCCACACUCUACAUCAGGCUCGUCCAGGACUAUGGACUUGAAAGUGAGGUGGCCCAGCAUCUUGCUGCCACCUAUGGUGAUAAGGCUUUUGAGGUGGCCAAGAUGGCAAGUGUGACGGGAAAACGGUGGCCCAUUGUUGGAGUGCGUCUUGUGUCGGAAUUUCCGUACAUUGAAGCAGAGGUGAAAUACGGGAUUAAGGAGUAUGCUUGUACCGCUGUGGAUAUGAUUUCACGUCGUACUCGCCUGGCCUUCCUAAAUGUGCAGGCGGCAGAGGAGGCCCUACCCAGGAUUGUUGAAUUGAUGGGCCGAGAACUGAAUUGGGAUGAUUCUAAAAAAGAGGAAGAACUUGAAACAGCCAGGAAGUUUCUAUAUUAUGAAAUGGGCUAUAAAUCUCGAUCAGAACAGUUAACAGAUCGGUCUGAAAUUAGCCUACUGCCUUCAGACAUUGACAGGUACAAGAAGAGAUUUCAUAAAUUCGAUGCAGACCAGAAAGGCUUUAUUACCAUUGUUGAUGUUCAGCGUGUAUUAGAGAGUAUCAACGUCCAAAUGGAUGAAAAUACGCUACAUGAAAUUCUGAAUGAAGUAGAUUUGAAUAAAAAUGGACAGGUUGAACUCAAUGAAUUUUUGCAGCUGAUGAGUGCUAUUCAAAAAGGAAGGGUGUCUGGAAGCCGGCUUGCUAUACUCAUGAAAACUGCCGAAGAAAACCUCGACAGAAGAGUUCCCAUCCCUGUGGACCGAAGUUGUGGAGGAUUGUGAGUCUGAGCAGUGAACCCACAGCCGACAAACAUAGGAACAACAAAUGAUCAUGUAACAAACCAGAGAGGACUAACACCACUCCAAAACAGUAGACACGGAUAGCUGCCUUGCUUUAACACUGGGAAACAUUCCAAAGCUUUAGGAUGUCGAUGUAGACCCUUUAUUGGUAUUUGCCAUUCAGUCUAGCUUCUUAAAAGUGUAUUUUAUCAUCUUUUCUCAUUUUCAGUGCACACUGAUUUAAUGUUUUGCCUUCAUUUUGUGAUCUAUUAGACUGGACAUACUCCCUUUUUGUAUAUUCAUUUAGUCCAAGUCAAUUUGAGAGACAGAAUAUUUUGGCAAAAAUUGGAACGAGAAGCUGGAAGCAUUUUGUGAGAUGCACAAAGCUCUGGACAUUAAGCUUGUUGAUAGUAUUUGUUCUUAAAAGAAAUGGAGUGGGACCUAUUAAAACAAUAGCAUUUCUGGAGACCUCUCAGCCCCCUUCUUCCUCCAGCUCGUCUGCCUUCUUUAUCCAGACUUUAUAUCUAGAGCAUGACUGGUAAAACUGGAGAGGGAAAAAAAGUUUAGAUCUGGUUAUAAGAGCAAGUCUCAAAGAGAAUCUCUUAAAGCUUCCAGAAUCACAGGUAUGAGAUAUAAGGAUAGCAUUGACAUUUGCUGGGAGAUACAGUGAUAGUUUCAUCUCAGCAGUUCAUUUUUCCCCCCAGUCACUGCUAGUUUUUCUUUGACUAUUACAGUUGCCAGGAAGAUCCCUGCUUUUCUUAUUUUAAAACCAGCAUUUAAGUGGCAAGUUGGAUACAGUGGGAUGGGACUAGAUUUCUCAAAUCUUUACAGUUGUAAUAAACUGAAGGAUUAAAAAACCUGUGUUCAUAUAUCCACAUAAAUAGCACAGUUUUCAAUUCUCAAAUCCUAGAUGUUGGAGUAUGUGAUACCAUCGAACAUGGCCUAUUUUGCUUAGGUUAUUGUAUCAUUCGGAGGGAAUAUUUAUAAACAGAUAGUAAAAGAGAAUAGAAAUAGCCUAUUAGUUAACUUUAAUUAUAAUUAUUUGUAAAAAGCACACAAUUACAAUGUUCAUGGUCAUUUUAAUUGCUUAAAGCCUUUCUCCUAGUGUACUAAAUGGAAAAGUUCUCAACCAAAAAGAAAAAGAAAAAAAAAGAAAACCAUACUUGACACACACUCACACAUGUCCACCAUCACACACAUACACAGUCACAGAAAGACAAAAAGAUCAAUCUGCCCAGAAUUUAGUAAAUACAUAAUAUACUGAAUUUAAAGGGACAUUUUGGCAUCCUUUUAUAAUACUUUGGUGGCAUUUUAGCCAGUCGUCUGAAUACGUCUUCUUCGUGCUUCCUCUUGUGAAGUUAACUACCUGCUUCUUCUGAUGUUUAAGAUCACGUUGUGUAUAAAAUAGGAAAUGUGACCCUUUUUUAAUGUCAGGUUUUCAUUGUGCAGACUUAAUUUUUCAAACUGGUACAUAAAACACUUUUGUGCUGUUAUUUCUAUAUAUGCCGACAUUGUAGAAUAUCUUUAUGUCUCAUUCGAGUUGGGCAUGAGCCUGUCUGUCAUAAUGUACACACUGGAGGUUAACUCACCUAAGCCCCCACCCUCACCUCGGAAACAGAUAAGGUGGCAUGGUAACUCAUUUUGCUUUUAAAAUGAAGUUUAGACUUGCCACUUCCUUAAGGAAAACCUAAAACAGAGCAAGUGAGGCUCCCAAGUAUCACUGUGAACUUUUUCUUUUAAGGUGUGAUUUUUUUUUUUUUUUUGCACUGGUUUCUUUUCCUUUUUCUUUUUUAAAAAUAAUAGAUGCAUGUGGUUUUGUAAUUUUGUUUUUCUAUCAAGACAGCAAUUUCACUGUUUAGAGCCCAGCGACCCUUAAUAGAAAGCUGUCCUUUAAAACAUCAGAGAUGAUGUACCACAGUAUUAUACAUUUGUGCUCUCUCUCUUUCUCUUCA